UGUGGAAAAAUUUGUGAUAAUGAAAACGCCGUCGUAUGCGUGAGUUGUGCGAUUUUUAAUAAUAUUUCUUUAAGGAAAAUCGAGAAGACCAGCUUAUGAGCGGUGCUUUACCUGGAUCCAUACAUAAUUUCUCAUAAAUUAUAUAGACAGCAGCUGAAUUCAUUGAAUGAUGCACUGAUGCACAGUAAUAAGCGUAAAUUAUUUCACCACCUAUAUGUUGAAUUCAACUUGUUGGCGAAUUUGAUCUCACAUCAUGAAAUUUCUCGCAAAUAUCGUAAUGGCUACCGAUGCAGGGGUUACAAAUAUAUUCAACAAUUUCCUUCCACCUCACAUACAGUUAUCUUUAGCAACAAACGUGGAAGAAGUGGUAAUAAACUAAAGUUAUAUUCUUAAUACUCUAUGAAUGUUGUAACUUUACGUGAAAAUACAUUUUUACAACAGAGACGUUAUAGUUGAACAAAAAUGAAGAUCUGACGUAAGUCAAAAUAUCGUAUUUUACUAACUACUUCAGUUACUAUUCAAAAAGUUCUGACAUUUCUGUGAAUUCGAGUGAUUUUAACAAUUUACAAGUACCUAAGAAACUUGUAGUAAUGACUAUUGACAAUUCAACAAACAAAUAAAAAAAAUAUCAAAAGCUUUUUAUCGUAAGUAGGUGUGAAAUGAAGUGAUUAUCGUUGAGUAGGUGCAAACACGAAUCCAUAAAACAAAAGAAUAUUGCAAGUUUGUGUUUGAGCGCAAGAACCGAAAGCGUCGUGAGGACUAUAUAACGACAUCCAAGCGGCGAAGGAUUCCACUUUAACGCGUCGCGGUAGUCCUUAAAAUAGUCCUGCCACCUGUUAGAAUGAGUUACCUAACUAGCGUGCCUGUUGUCAUUAUUUUGGUAGUAUUGGGCCUAUCAGAGGUGCGAGUGGUACUUGGAUUUCCUGGUGGUUCCGAGACACAGUUAACAAAGGACGACAGGCUCGGUCCUCUACACUCCACUCUUGGCCUUCUGAGUUUACGAAGCUCACUUGCCUCCGUCAAGGACGUUUCAAAACCAAUUAGAUCAAAGAGAACGGCGAGAGAACAUCAUAUUACUGACUGUAUACAUAUGACAUCGGAAGAGGGUGAAUUUUAUCACAAAGCAUUAUCUGUUGAUGGUCAAGCGUGUGGUAUUUAUAUUUUCAGUGAACCAGAUCAAAAUAUAGAACUUCGUUUCAACUACUUGGAUGUUCCUUGUGAGAAUGGAGGGCUUGUUUCGGUAGUUGAUGGUUGGGAACUGAGAGGAGAAUUUUUUCCGAGCACUCGAGACCAUCAAAAACCUCUUAGGGCAAGAUUCAAUGAAUUUUGUGGUGAAAGAAAAAUUAAGAAAGUAUUCACUAGCUCUCAAAAUGUUGCGCUUAUACAGUACAGGAUGCCUACCCGGGGGACCAGUUUUAGCUUCACAGUUAGAUUCGUGAAAAAUCCCACUCCAUGCAACGUGUUUUUCCAAUCGGAUGAACUUGAGCCCAUCUACACCCUUAGAAAUUACGGCAAGAGAGUGAAUUGCAGUCUAAGUACACUAUUUCCAGCUGCAGUCAAUACCGUGGCUCUCGACGUUGGUGUAACUCCAAGCAUACAAAGAGGAAUUCAACUAGAAACGGGCACAAUUCAUAAGUGCCAAAAACGAGGACUUGAUGAUUACGUCGAAGUAGGUGGAUCCUUCGGUCUGGACAACAGGUAUAUGCAAGUAGCAGAUUCAUUUUGUGGACUAAACUCAAAACCAGGAAAAUAUCCAGAAACAGUCUUCUGCGAAACUACCACAGUUCGUAUGGUAUCAUCCGGAUCGUUUGAUAAUUCUGUAACUGUUCACUUGAGGCAGAUAGGAGAGAAUGAUAUUGACAGACAUUUGAGUGUAGUCUGUCUUCCAGAGGAUAUCACAGAAGAAUGACUGUAUUCAUUUUAACCAGUUCUUCCAGAAUUUCUUCUUUGGUCUGGCAAAAAACAUCGACAAAGAUUUGUGUUGAAAAUACCAUUUAUGAAUUAUAAAUAAAAGUAGACAUCUUGUAUGUGUAUAAAGAAUCAAAUAAAAACUAUUAAAAACACA